GAGCCACGCAGCGCGGCGUGCUUGAUCUUCACCUUCCCAGGAAGAUAUCGCUGAGUAGUCCAAUUACACACUACCGUGUAGCAGUGCAACGCCAACAGCUUUACCGUCGUGACGAUGUUGCGGAUCGCGAGCGUUAUUGUUUUAUGCGUUCUACUAUGUUGCGAUGCGCGCAAGUUCGAUGCACGAUUAAAGCAUAACGAACAGUGGAAGGAAUUCGAGGAGUUUCUCAAAUGGAAGAGAACGAAACAGUCGCGCGAAUAUAAUACGAACGAGUUUCUAACGCGUGCGAUCGGAUUCGACGAUGACGGGGACGCACAAAGGAGCGACGAUCGAGUCACGCAAGAUCCACCGCCGCCUCAUCAGGCGGCUCUAAUGGCCAGAUAUGUCGUUAAUCAAGCUGAUUGGGCAGCUGUCGCGACAAUAAGCACACGAAAGGAUGUCGAGACGUUCCCCGUUGCGAAUUUGAUUUCCAUCGGUGAUGGACCCGUGGGAAACGGAACUGGGAUACCGUACAUGUAUCUUACUCCUCUUGACUUUACUGCUAAAGACCUCGUUAAAGAUCAUCGUGCGACCCUUUUAAUGUCACUAGCACAAGGAAACUACUGCAAGGACAAAGAAUGGGAUCCAAUGGACCCGCGAUGUGCUAGAGUCAUGUUAAGUGGAAAGAUCAAGGCACUGAAGAAUACAACUGAGGAACACAACAUUGCGAAACAGUUGUUUUUUGGUCGUCACCCGAAAUUGGAAAAUAUGCCUACUGAUCAUGAAUUCUUCCUUGCCAAAUUAAAAAUAUCAGCGAUCGCUCUGUUGGAUCAUUUCGGUGGGCCAAAAUAUAUCAACGUCAAGGAUUAUUUGCAUCCACCCACGGAAGAAUUGCAACGACACUUUUUAGCAAGCUACCUUUUAUCUAAAAGGGAGUUCAUUCUGCCAUAAUUUCUAAGGAAUCAAUCAACAUUGAAAAUCCAAAUAUUUGUAAAAGAGAAUUUUAGUAUCUAUUGUUAGAAAACAAUUUGUAGAAAAUUUGUAGAACUGAAUACACUUGAGGACUACAAUUAAGUAUAUGUAACAAUUACUUUUGUUAUACUGUAUACUUUAGAAAAUAAAGUAAUAUUUAGUAAAAAG